CUCAGUUUCCCUCUUUAGCGACUAAUUGAUACAUGGACGCAGAAUACUUUAUAUAAAAGCACCAGAGGGCGACACAACGACGUACCACCAUGAAGAUCAAAAAAUGCAUUGUAUGAAGAAGUUUCAACCAUGAAAGACACACAGCGGAAGUCACAGCGUCGUGGAGAUGGACAACGCACUUUAAAGGCUGUUGAGAGACAAGCGAACAACAAGAAUAUCGAGGCAGAGACACAGGUGGCGGGAUGUUACAGGGAGAGCUUUGAACUGCUGCGGUCCCCUUCCCCCUGGCCCACCGGCUUACCAUGAAGGAGGUGUUUGACGCCGAGGGCCGGCCGCGGGUGGACCUGCUCAAGGCUCACCUCACCAAGGAGGGCCGGCUGGAGGAGGCCGUGGCCCUGCGCAUCAUCGAUGAGGGUGCCGCUAUCCUGCGCCAGGAGCGCACUAUGUUGGACAUUGAGGCACCAGUCACGGUGUGUGGAGAUAUCCACGGUCAGUUCUUCGACCUGAUGAAGUUGUUUGAAGUGGGAGGUUCUCCUGCCAACACACGCUACCUCUUCCUAGGGGACUAUGUGGAUAGGGGCUACUUCAGUAUCGAGUGUGUGUUAUACCUGUGGUCACUGAAAAUCCUCUACCCAAAGACGCUCUUUCUUCUACGGGGAAACCAUGAAUGUAGACAUCUGACAGAAUAUUUCACCUUCAAACAAGAAUGUAAGAUCAAGUACUCGGAGCAGGUGUAUGACUCCUGCAUGGAGGCAUUUGAUUGCCUGCCCCUGGCAGCCCUGAUGAACCAGCAGUUCCUGUGUGUGCAUGGGGGGCUUUCACCAGAGAUCCACACACUGGACGACAUCAAGAAGUUGGACCGGUUCAAGGAGCCCCCAGCGUUUGGGCCCAUGUGCGACCUGCUGUGGGCCGACCCCUUGGAAGACUUUGGCAACGAGAAGACCCAGGAGUACUUUGGCCACAACACAGUCAGAGGCUGCUCCUAUUUCUACAGUUACCCAGCAGUGUGCGAGUUCCUACAGACCAACAACUUGUUGUCAAUCAUCAGAGCACAUGAAGCACAGGAUGCUGGGUAUCGCAUGUACAGAAAGAGUCAGACUACAGGUUUCCCCUCCCUCAUCACCAUCUUCUCUGCUCCAAACUACCUGGAUGUCUACAACAACAAAGCUGCGGUGCUCAAGUAUGAGAACAAUGUGAUGAAUAUCCGUCAGUUCAACUGUUCUCCCCACCCCUACUGGCUGCCCAACUUCAUGGACGUCUUCACCUGGUCCCUGCCUUUCGUGGGAGAAAAGGUGACUGAAAUGCUGGUCAAUGUCCUGAGUAUCUGCUCUGACGACGAACUCAUGAACGAUGGAGAGGAGAUCUACGAUGCCAGUGCAGCAGCAGCCAGGAAAGAGGUGAUCAAAAACAAGAUUCGAGCCAUUGGGAAGAUGGCUAAAAUGUUCUCUGUACUACGGGAGGAGAGUGAGAACGUGUUGACCCUGAAGGGACUGACCCCUACGGGCAUGCUGCCCAGCGGAGUACUGUCUGGGGGCAAACAGACCCUGCAGAGCGCUACCAUUGAGGCCAUAGAAGCCAUCGAGACAGUUAAGGACGCUGAAGCCAUUCGAGGCUUCUCCCCGCAGCAUCGGAUCAGCAGUUUCGAGGAGGCCAAAGGUCUGGAUCGGAUCAACGAGAGGAUGCCUCCACGUCGCGACGCCGUCAACAGUGUGGGCCUGUCGAUGGGCCGCAUGAACAUGGGAGAGCCCAAUGGGACCGACAGCAACAGCAAUAUUCAGUGAUGGACGUACACUCCCACAUGCCCAGACACAUACCUGCAGUUACAACUCUGAUAUGGUACCAUAUUUAUAGAUUUGUGUACAUAAGCAUAUAUACAUAAGAGAAGUGCACUACACAAACACACACAAACACAGUAUUUUAUACAUGGAAUAGGCUACAGACGACAUCACACACAUACAAUCACACACGAUUACCUACCCCCUUUCCCGUUGCCCUCAGCUGUAUGUAAAGGCAUGAGCAUACCCGGACUUUACCACCAAAGGCUGAGUCCCUUCACUGAACUUCGGCCCUAUUUAGAGAACUACAACUCCCAUGUACCUGCACAACAACAGGAACGAAACUACAAAAACACUCCCCAUGCAAAACAGGAGGAGCUGCGGUUCACCGUGUAUGUCGGGGAUCACCAGUGGGUUGACAGUGUCAGCAUGACGUGGCUGUGUUGGUGGUGUGUGUUGUGUUGGGUGGGGAUUGGGGCAUUAAAGUAUGCUUCUUUUUCCUGUUUGCAUUCCAAAACAGGAAGUGGAAUCAAACUUGGGAUUGGUGGAUUUUAUAGAGUUGUGGAUAUGCCUGCCUGCGUGCGUGCCCAUGCUUCAACAUGUAGAUGUCCACAUGGUUAUAUUUGAAAAUGUGUUUUCAUUUGUGAAGGCGAGCAGAUCUCGCCAUCAGCCAGGCAACAGCGAGAACAUUUUUGAUGUGGCUUAUCUGUUGCCGAGAGAUAUGUGUGGAGAUGAUCUCAGCUGCAGUCUAAUCUGAGCCCUCGCUGUCCUUUUCUUCUUGGAAGGAGAGUCCCAUUUGCUUUUGUAGCACUACACUGCACCGAUCCUCCGCUUUAAGUCAAGUGAACACUCUGAUGCCAGGCCAGUUAGCUCUCGGGAAAGGCUUGAAACUGGGCCCGGAUCAGACUUGAAGCGAGUGUUUCUCCCUACCUGUUCCGUGUAAAUAGGUUACAUAAAGAGGUUUUAUUGCACAUCCGAUGCAUAUGGUCACGAGAUGCAAAAUGCAGAAUAGAAGGAGUAGGAUGCUUUAUGUGUGUGAGGGAGCCGGGGGGAGUUGAAAUGUGAAGUCAUACUCUAUUCAGUCUCUUUCUACAUCCUCCUUUCUUCCCGUGUUGCUGUCUGCUACCAAACAGCAGUGAUGGCCGGGGCUUAGAAACCAGAAAUAAUAUUUCACGGAGGAAACAGACUCUUCUGUUGAAGACAACAAGAAGAAGUCAGAAGAAAAGCUCUUUGUAAAGCAUUUAUAUUAACGCAUCAGUGCAUGCACAGUUAAGUUCUUUGAUAAUAAUGUGAAGAUUAUAUUUGUGCUCUGUGUUUCACUAUGGUAGGAUUUUCUUUUUCUUUCUGUUUUUCUGGCUAAUAUAAAUGAACUGAGGAAUAAUGAAUACUUUAUUUUGUACAUACUGUUAAUUUAUUUUUUGUAUUCAUUUCGUGUUAUACUUUGUUAUUUUUUGCUUUUUUUCAUGUUUUCUCCUUCUUUCUUUUUCACAGCCUUUGUUUCCGGUUUCUUUCGACGCUGUACAGAAUGACAGUACGCUUCUAUUCAAAGUGUCACGUCCACGUUCUCUCCUCUCUUCUUUGUCGAUGUACAUGAGUUGUUUUUAAUGAUAUAUAUGAACAACGAUAAACAAAUAAUAAACGAGCAUUGAUGAAUGACCAUACUAUAUACAGAGGCACAGGCAUUCAGGCAGCCAAAAGCAUGAUUGCAUGGUUAAAAUUUGCGCUGUUCGUGGCAAAAAGCAGCAAGACACAUUUUAACAGAAGAGCCGGUGUGUUGCCGUCACAAUUUAAAGGAAAAAAGUGUACUCUCUCUGAUCAUAAUUCUUGAUGAUUCCUCUUGUUAUUUGAUGAUAUUUAUGAUUCUAUGAUUAUUAUGAUUCUAUUUAUUAUGGACAUUAUUCUUAAUAUUUAAGCUCUCUCUCUGCUGGUUGCUCUUCAUGUUGCGUUGCUCCUUGGUUGAUCUUGUUGUGCUUCUUUGGGAGAGGUGAACCCCCCUGGGAGACCCUGUGCCAUAGAAAUUGUGCCACGGUUAUUACUUUACUCUUACUCUAUCUCUCUCUCACUCUCUCUCUCUGCUCUCUUUCUGUUUUGACUCCCCAGUCACUAACACUGUAAGCAUGCCCCAUGGGACGAUCCACUUUUUUACUCUUGAA